AUGGUGAACACACAGGGAUCGACACCUGGCGCGGUUCUCGUUAAGUUGAACCUCAAGGUUACUACUAGGGUCUGGUAUGUGGGAUAUCCAUGCCCGCAGUGGCAGCUUCGUCGACUUUCGGCUCUAGGCCGCGCAAUGCCCGACGUCCGCUGCCCCUCUGCUCAGUGCCAGGCAACCCACACCACCGGCCAUGUAACAAGCCGUGCCGUCAAGGUCUAUCUAGGAAACGUGUGGAUCUGGACGGCGGAGCAUGUCCUGAAUGACCCGUCUGACAUGCAGAUCUUGAUCUACAUUGGUCCCUCCUAA